GUCACGCUGACUAUUGUUAUGAAUAUUAUCAGUUUGUUAAUCAAGUUUUAAACACAAAGACGAGUGCUAAGUUGAGAUAUCUUUUCAACGUAAAAUCUAUUUUUGGAGACUGGCACAUUUUUGUAUGUACAUUCUUUCGUAUUUAGAAUUGUUGGAUAAUAAGACGUUGAGGUAAAAGGAAUUAAUAAGCUGAAACCAAAAUGAAUGUUUGGCCAAAGAGUGGUCAACAAAUUAGAAAUAUCUCGCGACCGUUCGACGUUAAACACGAUCUCCAUGUUGUUGGACCAGAUGAGUACAAGCACAGACAGGUAGACAUUGAUGAUCACAAGAAUAAAGACCGCCUACCAAUAAUCACGACACAAAGAUUGGACGAGCUAGCGAAUGCCAUAGAGAAGGACAUGCAAAUGAAAACUGCUGUAUCUAUACGAGAGACACUAAUUAAAGAGUUGUUAGAAAAAGAUGUAACACACAAAACUUUUCGAAGCGUUUAUACUCAAACUACACCUACAGCUGAACUUACCGAAAGAGUGGCAGAAUUUAAGAAGACAGUACAGGACAACGACACCACCAGUAGUGCAAAAAGCGAACAAGACAACGUAGAUGGCAUCGUUACACCGAAAGCUCGAGCGACAGAAGUCGGUCGUUAUUCGAUGCAGUUGGCGAAGAAUCUUUGUUUAUGUACGAUUAAACCAAGAGCUAAAUCAACAAUCAUAGAAAAAACAG